GAAGUGUAGAACACGGAGUAGUGUAUUUCAUUGGAAGGAAAAAACCCCUUUUGUGUCACAUAAUAAAACCCAUAAAACCCUAGAAAUUAGAAUUAGAUACCCCAACAUUUCCAAACACACAAAUAAAUACUAAAAAACAGAACAGAAAAUCAUGGCGACAGGAUUACGGCCAUUCUCGGAGAGAUCAGCCGACGGCACGCCACUUCUCGACACCGAUAACGGCGAGGAACUUAUGCACGUUCAGCCAAACGUCUCCAUUGUUCUUGCCUCCCACCCACCUCAAUCUCCCGGCACUCUCUACAUCUCCACCAAGAAAGUGGUGUGGUUGAGUGAUACAGAUAGGGCGAAAGGGUAUUCGGUUGAUUUUGUAUCGGUUUCGCUUCAUGCUGUUUCUAGAGACCCCGAAGCAUUUGUGUCUCCUUGUAUUUAUACUCAGAUUGAUAAUGGAGAGGAGGAGGAUGAAUCAGAAGGCAGUGAUUCAGAAUCAAGUGAGACAUUGGAUUUGUCAAAGAUAACCGAGAUGAGGCUUGUGCCUUCUGAUGCUACUCAAUUGGAUACUCUUUUCGCGGUGUUUUGUGAAUGUGCAGAGCUAAACCCCGAGCCUGUUGAAGAAGAGGAAGAACAACACAACUGGAUCUUUAGUGCUGAUCAACUUGGAGCUGAAAUAGAGGGAGACAACCCUGCGUGGAAUGACUCACAACUUCCUUUCACUAUUGGUUAUUCAAAUGGAGACCAGGAUCUAGCUCGCAGUGUACUUGAGCUUCAAAUCAAUGACCAACGAUUUGAGGAUGCUGAUGAGAUGGUGAGCGAUGAUAGUGAUGAGCAUCAUCCGUGAACAUCGUUUCUCCUUUGUGAAUCCACAAUCAACCAGAUAUAAGAACUCUUAAAGGGUGUUAGCUUAAUGAUCAUUUUAAUAGUCAAGUUUUUGAGUCCGUUUUGUAGCUUGUAUGAGUAGUAGUACAUGUUACAUAGAUUUGAGUUCUUUGUCACCCUUGUUUAAUUUUUGACAGUUUAGGCACAUCAAAUUUAGUUGAUUGCAAUGACCUAUGAGCCUGAUCUCUCAAAUUUAUCA